AGCUAUAGACUAACUAUGUUUGUAAGACUUUGGUUUUUAUUCACAGGUGAUUGCUUCCACUGGGAAACGGUCACAACAAUUUUACUGCUUAGAAAAAGAACAAAUCCUGAGCUUAAAACCAGGAUUUAUGCUCAGUUCAAGAAAAGAUUGCUAGUGUUUCUUUGUUGAAUGAAGUAGCACUUCAUGAAUCAGAGAGAGGGGUGCUUGAGUAAUGCUGCAUGUUCUCAUGUUAUCCUUUGUGACCAGGGAAACUGCCGGUACAGCUCAGAACAGAUCCUUCCUGCCAUUUAGGAAGCUCUUUGAAAUGCUCAUCAAGAAUCAGCCUUUUUCUUGCAUAAACAUGACUUCUGUCGGGACUCUAGAUGGUCGCAGAUUAGGAUGUGACAGGAAUUUCCUUAACUGUUGCCGCCCUCUCAAUUAUAAGCGCCGGCAAACCCAAAUCACGGGCCAUUUGGAAAGCGAGUCAGAGGAAUACAAGUUGGAAUUGACGCGAGCAUAACGCUUUGACUAGACACAUCUUUUGUUUUGUUUUUUUCCCUGUUUUUAAUUCAUUCAAGUCUUUCUUUAUGUAAGGACAUACCUGAGCGGCAGAAGACAAAUGAAGAGCCCAAAACAGGAUCUUUAAGGCUUAUCAGAGGGGUUAGGUUUUCUGUCUCUCUACAUAAAGGUACAUAAAACACUGAAUGUGAACCCCAUCACCAGUUCAGACACAGAAGCCCUGAGCCAACCUUUGACCGUCAGUUUCUUGUGUUCAGUCUCACUAUGAGUCAUGAACUGGAGAUAAUCUACAUAUCAGUUUCUUUUUUGAGCCACAGACAGAAUUUGCUCUGACUGAAGGAGGAGGUGGAUAAAUCUCCAGACUUCCAAGAAGCCGUACCUGAGACCGCGCUGCAAUCAUGGGUGAAUGGGGCUUCCUCGGAGGACUCUUGGAUAACCUCCAGGUCCACUCGCCGAUGCUUGGCCGUUUCUGGCUCUUACUCAUGCUUGUGUUUAGGAUACUGAUCCUGGGAACAGUUGCCAGCGACUUGUUCGAUGAUGAGCAAGAGGAGUUUGCCUGCAACACCCUCCAGCCGGGCUGCAAACAGGUGUGCUACGACAUGGCCUUCCCUAUCUCCCAGUACAGAUUCUGGGUGUUUCACAUCGUCCUCAUUGGCACACCUUCUCUGAUUUUCUUCAUGUACGUCAUGCACCAUCAUAACAAGAGGAACAACCGCUCCAAACUCUGCCAAAUGAGCGGCCAGGACUACAGAGAGGACCUCAGUUUGAAGAGGCUCUACAUUGUCAACGUGGCCUUCCGAGUAGUGGCAGAAAUUGGCUAUCUAGUGGGCCAGUGGUUGCUAUACGGCUUUAAGGUGGAGGCCCAGUUCCCCUGUAGCCGCUUUCCUUGCCCCUACACAGUGGACUGUUUCACCUCCCGCCCUGCGGAGAAAACAAUCUUCCUCUGCUUCUACUUCAUUGUGGGGGUGAUAUCAGCCAUUUCCAGUUGUGUAGAGCUUCUCUACCAGUCCAAGAAGUGGCUUUGCACACGCCAGGAGCCCUCCCCCUCGGAGCGCUCCUGCGUCUGCCAAAACCUCCACAACUUUGAGCAAGAGGGGGCCAAAGUGGAGGAGAGAGUAGAACUACACACAGUUUCAGAGGGCAGGUCCAGUGGUGCAAAGCUGAAGCGAGGAUCGCUGAGGAGUAGCACUGGCAGGAGAGUCUCCAGCAUCGGGCACAAACACAACGGUAGCAAAAAUGUGAGCAGUAAGAUGCUCAUGGUGUGAAACAGCUUUGAUGCUUUUUUUAAAAAAAUGUACAUAUUUGUAAUUCCUGCAUGCUUUUUCAUUUCAUGAUCAUUUCACUAUUAAUCAGUCAAGGAGUUAGAUAAGACGGGCGAUAAGGAAGUGCUCGGAGGACAGUUAUGUGAAAAAAGACUGAAGAUAAGAUGGAUGAUUGCAAGACAUUGUUGUCUUGUUUGGUAGCCGUGACUCAUUACAGAUCAUAAACAGUUCAGGAGGGAAAAGCCUCUGGAUUGCACUUGAUAAACUGUUUAACAAUGGCCGCUUCUUUUUUUGACAGAGAUCUGAUUGUAGAUCCCUGUACCGCACCCUCUGUAACGGAAGAAACAGCGUUUAGUAAACAUUGUGUUGUUCCAGUGGUUUUGGACAGUGGAGUCUGAGAGUGGGAAACACUUUCUGAACCUCAUUUAUUUGUGCAUUUUGCCUUUAAAGACAUUGUUUGGCUCUUUGAGGGGGGAAAAAAAUGCUUGUUUGCUUUCCUGCCAAAGUUGGAUGAGAGGAUUAAUAGCACUUUCAUGUGUGUGCGCUCAGUUAUGAAGCUACAGCCAGCAGCCGGCUAACUUGGCUUCACACAAGGGCUGAAAACAUGAAAUGAAACAAAAACCUUAAACUGGUUCUCUAAGUGGCUUCAGCUAGUGUGACAGGGAAAUACAUAAGAUUCUUUAUUAAGGCACUGAGCAUUUGCUCACUGAUUUACCAAAGGCUGUAUUUAAUGGCUUGAUUAAUAGUUUUUAAAAAAAGAAAAAAGAACUAUCUUUUGCUUGACCUCAGAUCAGCCCCUGUGAUCACAUAUCUUCUGGAAAAGGGCUUCAGAGGAUAAGGACCCAUUUUUUAAAAUGUUUGAUGAUCAAGUACAAAUGACUAAAACAGCUUGUGAUUUGUCAGCUAAAAAAGAAACAAACCAUAAUCCAGCUGUCUACAUUAAUCAGGUACACUGAGUCAUUUAACUUCUCUACUCUCCAGUUCACAUUCUUCCAGUUUAAUCCACAAUCAAAAUAUAUUGAGAAAUCAACAACAGGCAGUAUUUAGCUUUCAGUUUUACUUUUACGCUCGAGCCUUUUGCCCCAAGUACAUGGGGCAUGUACAGAGUUUGUUACUGGAAGAGGGAGAAGUUUUUUUCUUUGCUCACCUUUAAUUUCAGUUUAACAGGAACACGUAUGUACGAACAUGACAACACAGCUGGUUAUGUUGUUGUUUUGGAUAUGUUGUUGUUUUGGAUAUGUUGUUGAUGCAACUUUCCUAAGUCUGUUGUGAAAACUUGAAGCCUCCAUUGCACAUAAACUGAGGACAGGCUUUUCAGUGAAGCAGGAGACAUAUUGUUUCCAGCAACUAAAGCCUUAUUAUUUCUAACAUCUGUAUAUACAUAGAUUCUGGAUUUUUCAAUGAAUGAGAAAAAGUAAAUAUUUUUAACUUGCUAAUUGAACUUUUUCUGUGGUUAACCAUGUCAGAUCCAAAUCAUCAGUUAUAUUUUCAUGUGUCUUAAAACAUGUCUGAAGGGAAUCUGUCAGUGGAAUUUGCUGGUUACUACUUUCUGCUAUUUUUCAUAAUCACAUCUGUGUGGAACUGUUUUGACAUUUGAUAAUUAAAAGCCUGAA